AAAUGAAAAUGAAAAUGAAAAGAAGAAAAUUAGUGUGUAAAAAAAAAGUAGGUAUUGCAGGAUGAAAUUUUUGUUCAUUCCGCAUUGAAACAGAGAACGCCCUGGUAACUACAACAAACGCGUUUCGCCCUUCACAACCCUCGCCGGCGAGUUUCUGACAGAUGAGGCCGAUUUUAUUGAAGGGGCACGAGAGGCCUCUAACGUUUCUCAAAUACAAUAGAGACGGGGAUUUGCUAAUCUCGUGCGCUAAGGAUCACACGCCAACUGUUUGGUAUGCUCACAAUGGCGAACGGCUUGGGACGUAUCAGGGCCAUAACGGCGCAGUUUGGUGCUGCGAUGUCUCAAGGGAUUCUACAUGUUUAAUAACUGGUAGUGCAGAUCAGACUGUCAAGUUAUGGAAAGUGGAGAAUGGAACACAGUUAUUUUCUUUCAAAUUUGAUUCCCCGGCUAGAUCUGUGGACUUCUCAGAAGGAGACAAGCUUGCUUUGAUCACCACUGAUCCAUUCAUGGAGUUGAGAUCAGCCAUUCAUGUAAAGCGGAUUGAGAAGGAUCUGUCAAGGCAGGAUUCUGAAUCCGUACUCACGAUACCUGGGUCUAAAGGUAGGAUUAACAGAGCUGUUUGGGGCCCCCUAAACAGGACAAUAAUCAGUGCUGGAGAAGAUGCUGUUGUACGUCUUUGGGAUUCAGAGACAGGAAAGCUGCUCAAGGAAAGUGAUCCGGAAAAGGGCCAUCAAAAGGGUAUAACUUCUUUGGCCAAGUCUGCAGAUGGUUCUUUCUUCCUCACAGGAGCUUCAGAUAAAUCAGCAAAGCUAUGGGACAUCAGAACCUUAACACUUAUAAAGACAUAUGUGACUGAGCGCCCUGUAAAUGCAGUUGCCAUUUCUCCUAUUUUUGAUCAUGUUGUAAUUGGUGGAGGUCAAAGUGCAUCUGAUGUCACCACCACAGAUAGACGUGCAGGAAAAUUUGAAGCAAAAUUCUUUCAUAUGAUUCUUGAAGAAGAAAUUGGUGGUGUUAAGGGACACUUUGGACCUAUAAAUGCGUUGGCCUUUAAUCCUGAUGGAAGAAGUUUUGCAAGUGGUGGAGAGGACGGUUAUGUAAGAUUGCAUCAUUUUGAUCCUGAUUACUUUCACAUCAAGAUGUAAUUUGGUUUUAAAAAAUUUCUUAUUAAAGUUAGUCGCAGUGAAAGCUAAGCAAAUGUAAUUUGUAGUCCGGAAUUAUAGAUUUUUUAGCGAGGCUAUCAAAUUUUGCAAUGAAAACACUUGGGUUAUUCAACUCAUUAUUGUAAGUACACUUCAACUGUACCGGAGUCCUCACCAGUAACGUCAAUAUGCAAUUAGUGUUUUGAGUUCUAGGUGAAAUUACCUUUAUGCUAAAUGCUCCAGUUUAAGUGGUUAUCUUUAUUUAUAAAGGAUGAUUUAUUUUA